AGCAGAAGAUGAAACCAGAUGUGCCCAGGAGAAGCCUGUAGGUGUUCCUGAGGGGCCCAUGCAUUUGCUGCCUUGCUGCUGUGCAUGGAAAAACAAGGCUGGGUGGGGGAUGGCAGGCCUGUUUGCACACCACACUGUUCAAACAGACUCCCCUGCCGCAGACACCUGUGAGGUAAAAGACAGGGAAGGCAGUAGCAGGGGCUCUCACCUCUUCUCAACGCUCCCCACAGCCACCCUGACAGCUGUUGCAAAGUCCUAGCCACACCAUGCCCCGUGCUGGGCUCUGUAGCUGCUGGGGUGGCCAGGUAUUGCCCCUGCUUCUGGCCUAUAUCUGCUACCUGCUGCUCGGGGCCACCAUCUUCCAGCUGCUGGAGAAGCAGGCAGAAGCUCAAUCCAGGGACCAGUUCCAGCUGGAAAAGCUGCGCUUCUUAGAGAACUACACCUGCCUGGACCAGCAGGCCCUGGAGCAAUUUGUACAGGUCAUCCUGGAAGCCCGGGUGAAAGGUGUGAACCCCAAAGGCAACUCCACCAACCCUAGCAACUGGGACUUUGGGAGCAGUUUCUUCUUUGCAGGCACAGUGGUCACCACCAUAGGCUACGGAAACCUGGCACCCAGCACGGAGGCAGGUCAGGUCUUCUGUGUCUUCUACGCCCUGAUGGGCAUCCCACUCAACGUGGUCUUCCUCAACCACCUGGGCACAGGGCUGCGUGCCCACCUGACCACACUGGACAGGUGGGAGGAUCAUCCCAGGCAAUCCCAGCUCCUGCAGGUCCUGGGCCUGGCUCUGUUCCUGACUUUGGGGACCCUGGUCAUUCUCAUCUUUCCACCCAUGUUCUUCAGCCAUGUGGAGGGCUGGAGUUUCCGUGAGGGCUUCUACUUUGCCUUCAUCACCCUCAGCACCAUUGGCUUUGGCGACUACGUUGUUGGCACAGACCCCAGCAAGCAUUACAUCGCUGUGUACCGGAGCCUGGCAGCUAUAUGGAUCCUUCUAGGGUUGGCGUGGCUGGCGGUGGUCCUUAGCCUGGGAUCCCUGCUUCUGCACAGGUGCUCCCGGCUCUGGCUACUCAUCAGAGGCCUGGACCUCAAGGAUGGAGCAGACCCUGACUCUGACACUAGGCCACAGAAAAUUCCUAUCUCUGCAUGAAAGGCAGGGGUCCUGC